GUUUGUACAGUCAUCUUAGAUUUCUACUUCAUGAACAUGAACAAAGCACUGGCAACAUUCAGCUGGAAUUCAGAUUGAGAGAAAAUGUCACUGCUAAAACAAUUGAUUUGCCUCAUAUAUCUCAUAUUUACACUGCCUGUAUUCAUUGGAGCAGAAAGUGCUAAUGAAUAUUACACAACCCGUUGGGCCAGAUGCAUCUACAGUUCCCCUGAUCUCAGUGACAUGGUGUAUACUGACAGCACUUAUUUCAAUAAAUAUCUAUAUAUACAGUUCAACAGCACUAUAGGAAGGUUUGUGGGGUUCACUGAGCAUGGAAUGAGAACUGCGGAUGACUGGAACAAUAGCACCUAUCUGCAACAAGUGAAAGAGAGAGUUGUUUUUUGCAAAUUUAGUAUUGCAUCCAGGGAGUCAGCUGCUCAUGUUAAAUCAGUUAAACCGAAGGUCAUUCUCAGUAUAGUGAAGCAGGCUGGUGGCAGACAUCCAUCCGUGUUAAUGUGCAGCGCAUAUGAAUUUUAUCCUCGGCAAAUCAAAGUGUCCUGGCUGAGAGAUGGUAAACUGAUGACCUCUGAAGUGACUUCAACAAUGGAGAUGGCUGAUGGAGACUGGUACUACCAGAUUCACUCUGAGCUGGAGUACACCCCCAAAUCUGGUGAAAAGAUCUCCUGUAUGGUUGAGCAUGCCAGUUCAACUCAACCCAUGAUCUAUGACUGGGAUCCCUCUAUUCCUGAAUCUGAGAAGAAUAAAAUCACCAUCGGUGCCUCUAGCCUGGUGCUGGGAAUCAUCAUAGCAGCUGCUGGACUCAUUUACUACAAGAAAAAAUUAGCAGGGAGGAUCCUGGUACCUAAUUAAUGAUGUUUGAUAACUCAUUUUUAAAGUUUGAUAACUUAGCUGUUAAACUCAGUAACCUUAAUAAGAGUUAUACAAAUUAAAUAAUUUAUCCUUCAUGACAUGACUAUCACACAAUCCUAAUGUCUACAAAUCUUUAAAUGUUCUAUUUCUAAAAGUUAAAGGUGCCCUAGAAUAGAACAUUUAAUUUACCAUGGCAUAGUUAAAUAAUUAGUGUUCUGUACAUGGAAAUGGCAUUCUGUGAGUCUCAAACACUAUUGUUUCCUCCUUCGUAUGUAAAUCUAAUGUGUGAAAAACACCACGGAAAAACAGGCGAAUCUCAACAUAACACCGACUGUGAUGCAACAGUCGGGAUCAUUAAUAUGUACGCCCCCAACUUUGCAUAUGCCAGCCCAUGUUCAAGGCAUUAGACAAGCCAAUAUUAACAUCUUACAUUACCGUACUUACGUGAUCUGAUAUGCAGCAUCAAAAACACUUCCAGAUCCAGAACUUAUUCUAUUGUUUAUAUAAUGUAAUAUGGAGUUGUGACUCCUGCCAGCUUGGAGGCAGGGAGCACGAGAAAUUAAAGGAUAUCAAAGGAAAUUAAAAUUAAAUUAAAGGAUAAUUAUGCCCCUAAAUAGGCAAUAAUACAAUGAAUAAUACAAAAAAUUAUGGAGUAUUUUGAGCUGAAACUUCAUAGACACAUUCUGGGGACACCUUAGACUUAUAUUACAUCUUGUGAAAUAGUGUUCUAGGGCACCUUUAAAACAUGAAAAAAGCAUGACAUAUAAAAUCUGAUAGCCUACUUUUCCUACAUGUGAACAUCGUACAAAUAUUAAGUUAUAUUUUAGCAACUUUUUUUUAUUAUUAUUUUAUUUUAACCUUCAUUCAGAGACUCUUAUUUUGAUAUUCAUUUCAUUACGUGGUUUCAGUUUUCUAGUUUGCUGUGUUUAUUUCCUGUUUCCUUGGUUGUAUUGGUUUCUGAAAUUGUCCUGAUGUGUUUUAUAGUAACUUAUUAUGUUAACACCUGUUCCUUGUUUAGUUCCCCAUUUAGUCUGUGUUUUUUAGGUCUCUGUUUCAGUUGUUAUUUGUCUGUUAUUGUCUAUGGUUAGUAUUGGUUUGCCUGUUUUUUCUGUGUGCUCCAGAGUUCCUUGUUUUGUGUAACUGUAACAGCUGGCACUGAUAUAAAUAAUGUAAAAUAAAGAGAUGGAGAUUAUUAAA